ACAAUACUGGAGUUUGUGAUUCCUGACUGUCUGCAGUCAUGCUGAGAUUCCUUUUGUUGAGUGUCUUGGUGGCCCUGGCUCUGGCCGAAGAGAGGCCUGAGCCCAGAUUCCUGGAGAAUAUAGGGGAGAGAGUUGUGGGUGGAGAGGUGGCCCAACCUCACUCAUGGCCCUGGCAGAUCUCACUACAGUAUCUGUCUGGAAGUUCCUACUACCACACCUGUGGCGGCUCUCUGAUCAGGACUCGCUGGGUUAUGACUGCUGCUCACUGUGUUGACACGCAGAGAACAUGGCGUGUUGUCCUGGGAGAUCAUGACAUUAAUGUCCAUGAAGGCAGAGAGCAGUACAUGAGUGUCAGUGCUGUCCACAUUCACCCUCAGUGGAACCGCAACAAUGUUGCUGGAGGGUAUGACAUCGCUCUGCUGCGUCUGUCUUCUGAUGCCAUUCUGAACUCGUACGUGCAGCUGGCGACUCUGCCUCCCUCGGGUCAGGUCCUGCCCAACAACAACCCCUGUUACAUCACAGGCUGGGGAAGAACUCAGACUGGCGGGCAGCUCUCUCCUAAGCUGAAACAGGCCUAUCUGCCUGUGGUGGACCAUCAGACGUGCUCGAGCAGCAGCUGGUGGGGCAGCACGGUCAAGACCACCAUGGUGUGCGCUGGAGGCUACAAUGAUUCCGGUUGCCAGGGUGACUCUGGCGGUCCCCUGAACUGCCAAGUGAGCGGGAGGUACGCUGUCCAUGGAGUUACCAGCUUUGUAUCAUCUCUGGGCUGCAACACUGUGAGGAAACCCACUGUCUUCACCCGUGUCUCAGCCUACAUUAGCUGGAUCACUGGAAUUACUGGAUAAACUGGAUGGAUAUAUUGAUGAGUGACAUCUGAUAUACAUGUUUUCAAUGCCUACAAGCAAUGCACCAAAAAAAUCUGCAAUAAACACCUUGUAUCUGUUAAAGCCA